AUGAAAGGUAGUUCGACGUUUGUUGCAUUAUGGAUAAAAAAACCUCGUUGAGCUUCUUGUUCAUGGAGGGCAGUUAUUGAACUUGCACCACAAAAACAAAAUGCGGUUCUUUAUCUGGUCUUUCUUUCACGAAGAAUCGAUGAAAGAGAAAAAUGCUGGCUCUCGGGGUUUUUGCGCAGCGGGGACCACCUACUUCGAGGAUCAUGACCACGUGGUCUAAUGUGUGAAGAUUUUUAGCCUCCUGCCGAAAUGAUAUUUUUGAAGCAGUGAAGAAGAAGAUGAGCCGGAACUACCACACGAUGGCUUUAUCGUCCUGUCGUGGUACAAGAACUGCAUCCUUAUCCGGGAUUAUACCGCAUCGUGCCUGGACCGCUACUCCCAGCAGCAGCGCAUCUUUAGUACCCGCUUUGUUCGUGGUCCGCAGUGGGGGAAAAAAAUACCAUGGGACAAGUUGUCGCGCUGCGAAUUCUUGUUCCCAGCCACCUUCUUGCGGCCCUGCUGUGCUGGUGAAGAACGCGUCUACUUGCUCCUACCAUUUCUACUCUACUACCGCAGCAGCGGCAGGAGCUCCGCCGAGCGCCUUGCACAAGAACUCUGUAGUUGAUGCUGUAGUUGCCGCGCCGGCGGGCGGGAAUCGUGAAGAUCAUGCGGGUGUUGUUUGUAGUUCCGUCAGGAGCUUCACCUCUGGUGCCCCGUCGUUGGUCGUCGCCCGGCAAACUUCUAGCACUGGCGAAGAUCCAGGAGACCAGAUCGUGUCGAGAAGUUCAGGCGGAGGAGGUGAUCUUCAUGUCGAGGACAACAAAAGUCGCGCCGUGUCUCCUGUUAUUUCCAAAAUUCCGGAAGAAUUCCAGAUCAAGCCGAAUCCGAGCGACUACCGAUUAUCACACGAAAGAAGUGUUACAGUUACACAUUGUGUUGCAAAACAUGCAAGACAGACGACCUUUGUCAUGCGCAAAAUGCUUGCAAGUCUCGUCUCGUGUGUUAUGAUCUUUGCAUUGCAAGUUUUCUCUGUCAUGCAGAGAAUUGAAUGCUGAAUUGAAUUCACUACAACGGUGUAACUGUAACACUCGGUUUCGUCGGAUACCGAUUACCGCUGUCCUACUUUCCGGAGAAUCCGCCCAACGUCGUCACGGACAAGAUGAUAUCAAAUGCAAAAAUGUCUGGGUCAGGAAAGAAUGGAACUUGUCAUGCUAAAUCUGGAUCGUGCCAAAAAUUUGUGUUGCAUGAUUACCAACAGAUGUCCACUUUCGGACAAAUUCAGAGGCAGUUUCUCAUGCAGGAUAGGCAUGAUAGAGGUCUAACAUAAUGUGUCAUGCUAGGUCCUACAUGCCAGACUUCAUGGGUCAUGCAAAAUCUGCAUGACAAACUCCUGCAUUCUUCCAGACCCAGACAUCAUUCUUGCACUUGAUAGAUGAUUCGGGAAACCAAGCUGCGACGCCACGCAUUCCAAACCGCGAAGCUGCUGUUUGAAGCGAAGCAGCGGAUAUGGAGGGAUCAGGAUCGAAAUCGACGAAGUUGAAAUGAUUUGUGAUGCAUAAAACGGAUACCAGUUAGCGCCCAGCUUUCAAGUGGCGCAUGACAAAUUUGGGUAGAGCCUAAAUCCAGUUUGUAAUGCUGUUUGGCUACGGAAGACGCGUUUUCUUCUGCUGCUUUAGCAGCGCUAUUUCUACUACCCCUCAACAGGCUUGCAAUCUUCCUCACUUGCCUACUCUGCAAGACAGGCCUUUUGUGGGUUGCAUUUUAUGCAUCACAAGUUUUUCAUCAAUUUCAAGCCUGACGGUUCCAUAGCGGAAGGUGUUCCAUUACACGCUGGUUUUCUGGCGGUACUGCUUGGUGAAAGCCUUGAAAUUUCGCUACCUGGCGCACUGGAAACGGGACGUGGUGGUGGAACUAGCCGCAUACGCACCAGAAAGCACGACCACAAACCACACGACCAGUGCUAUACCUGCUCCAUCUACCCGGCAAGAAGUCCUGGAAUCGUCCCUCCGUCGCUACCACCUGAGAUCUCUUUUCGGCCCCUUCGGGAGCCGAGUGCUGGCCCGCUUGGAGGACAAAUUCGGCCGGGAGAUUGUGCCUUUGAAAAAGUUCGCAACUGGUGGUGCGACUACAACUACUACAACUACCCUAGUCGACGGCGAAAUAAAUAAAGAACAUCAACCAACGGACAACAACAUCAACAGUCAAGAACUGCGCCUCCGGUCCGGCGACUUUGCGCUAAUGCAGGAGGCGGUGCGAGAUAGCGAGACUUUUUCCGUCGCAGCGAGACAGAGCAUAUCCUGUGCAAAAGCAUCGUGCUCGUAUAAAUGCAUUACAAAUUUCCUCAGCAUGAGAAGUCAAAUUUGUAAUGCUGAUGUACCUUAAGUCAAAGACUUGCAAUGCAUGACUGCAAUACGAGUACGAUACGGAUACUUCUGCAAUGCAUAGAGUAUCGCGAACCAGUUCCAUGAAUCCCUGAAAGCGGAUGGAGUGCUGAACUUCUGCUUCAAAAAACUCCUCCAAGCGAUGCACCGACAGGCGGUUACGGGCUCGAGGCGGCAUAUGGAUGUUUCAGGAUCGAAAUCGUCAAAGUUGAAACAGUUUUUCAUGCAUAAAAUCGAUACCAGUUGGAACUGGAAGCCCAAUUUUUAAGCGGUGCAUGACAAAUUUCGGCACAGUCUAAAUCCAGCUUGUCAUGCUGUUUAGGGACAGCAGGCGUCUUUUGUCAUGCUACUUUAGCAGCUCUACCGCAGACCCGAAACAGGCUGACUGUCGGCCUCGCUUGCAAUCCCUGCAAGAGAGGCACUUCAUGCCUUGCAAUUUAUGCAUGAGAAAUUAUUUCAACUUUGACGAUUCCAAUCCUGACGCUUCCAUACGGCAGAAGUUUGACGGCUACGACUCGUACGCGGAUCUGCUUUGUGCGGGGUACUGCGAAGGGGGUAGUACAGCCGAGGCCAGCGGCGGAUCAUCUUCCUACGGGAAAUGAAAUCGUUUUGAGUUUGGCUUCUUGUCGUAGCGUAAAUUUUCUCAACAUAUAGCAUCGACUGGCAUGCAAUAGCCAAAGUGCUCAUCUUGCGAAGUCUUGUUUUUGCAGCAUGUAGUUGUGAUGCAGCUUAUUUUGCGCGCGCGGUCGGCCCAUUUGUUUUGCCGUGCCAGCUUGAACAAGGGAACGUGAAGAAAACACUUAUGGGCAUAGAGGAUCACAGAGUGGUGGGUCAAGGUCAACCAUCCCCAUCCAAUUUGUCAUGCUAAACAUGCAUAAUUUCCAGGGUUUGUCAUGCAAAAAAUCGAUGGUGUUGGUGAUGGGUGUUUUUUCCUGGAUAUGCAAGCCACGAUUUCUAUUUCUCUUUUUCAAUACCGCCUCUCAGCUACGCCACCGUCAGGAGCAUCUACUCCCAGAUCAGAAUAUGCGAAGGAAAAAAUAGAGCGCCAGAUAAUUGAUGAUCUGUCAUGCAAGUAGCAUGUCAGCAUCACACUAUCAGCAUGAAUGAAAUGCAGCACAGAUCUACCUCCACGUCCACACAAGCAUCAUUCACUGAUACGUUCACGACCCCAUCAUGCAUCCAUCACAGAUUGAACACGGAAGUGACGAGUAGUUCAUCUCAGAUCAUCGUAGAGGACGACCUUUUUCACUACAAUACGGCGACCCUGCGCGCAAUAAACGAGCACUGGGGAAGCUGGUUCCUGCGCCAAAUGGAAGCACUGGACACGGAGGAAACCAAAACAGGCACUGGUAUUAAUUCCAAGAAGACACAACAACAACCUGCUCUUGACGCGAAUUCCGCUGCAGAUGCAGCAACUACAGCCAGUACCACCGACCACGUGAAGAUCCGCAGUUCCCGAGAGGGAAGUACAACGAUACGCCCGUCUUGGUUCGAGCUGCAAACUUUCACGCACGACAGGCUUCUUCCGGAAACGAAGUCCCAACAGAACCAGGAGGCUUUGCUCGUCGUGGACGCGGAUCUCGAGCAGUUGAUGUCCUUUAUCGGCACCAUUGCGGGGGUGAAGCUGAAGCUCUCCCGCGCCGACUUUGAUCUAUCAACUGCAAAAAUGUCUGGGUCUGGAAGGUCACAACUUGUGAUGCUGUCUGUGGAUUCUAAAAAAAUUUGUAUUGCAUGACCAGCAAGAGGGGUCGGGUUUGUCCUACGCGGAGAGGGCAUUUCUCAUGCGGUAGAGGUAUCACAAAGCCCUCUGCAAAUCUGUGAUGCUACGGCAUACAUCACAGACAUCAUGGCUCAGGCAAAAUAUGCAUGACAAACCUAGAAAUCAUCCAGACCCAGACACUUUUGCAUUUGAUAUGACUCCGUCACCUACAAGCUGCUCGACCCGCCGAGGUAUCCUGUGCAAAAGUAUCGUACUCGUAGUAAUUGCAGUCGUGCAUUACAAAUCUUUUUCGUACGGUAAAUCCGCAUUGCAAAUUUUUCUCAUGCUAAGGAAAUUUGUAAUGCAUUUAUACGAGUGCGAUACUUGUUUUGCAGUUCAUACGAGGCACCUGCCGUACGACCAGCGUCCAGACUACUUCAAUUUCCACAAGGCACAGGCCAACAAAGCAAGAACGAUUUGCCUGCAUUUAGGGAGCAGCAUAUCUGCCUCUGCCUCUUCGUCUCCGCAGAGAAAUAAAAACCCACUUUCCACCACGAACCCUUUCACCAAGCGCCGGGACUCGGGUAACCUCACGAAAAACGCGAGCACCAGCAACGGGGGGCAGGACGGGUUUAGCAGAACCUACACUGGGGGCCUGUAUGAGAGUGCAUGACACCCCCUCUCCUCAACCUCAUUUGUCAUGCAAAAUAUCAAAUACACAUCUUGCCUCUAUGCACAGUUUGCAUGAGAAAUUUUCGAGCCUCAAACAGUACUACAGCUCGUGUGCAGAAGAUUUGUCAUGCAGAAGCCACAUUUGUGGCGUUGCUUGUGUUGCUGUUUAUGCAAUACAUAUGAGGUGGAGGGGGAGUUGUGCACUGUCAUAACCUGUUCCCGGCAAACACCACGGACACCCGGGCUGCCGCGGCCAUGUUCAGUGGUGGCGACACAAGGGCGUGUAAUCAAUGCAAAUAUGUCCUCUGGGUCUGGAACAAGAAAGCAAAUCUGUAUUGCGCAUUUCGAAUGAAGCUAAAAUCUGUGAUGCAUGAAGCAGAUGAGCGCCAGUAGCCUAUCAUGCAAAAGCGGGAUUUCUCAUGGUGGCUGCGCAUUCUGUACCCUUGAUAAAAUUUCUCAUGCUAGACGACGUAUGGAAGAAGUUUGCAUCUCAUGGAGCGAUCAGCAUUGCAAAGUCCCAGACACAUUUGCAAUUCAUAGCGUGCGCCUCGGUGUCUCACGUACCGGUUGAGACCGACGUCGUCAGGGAUCCGCUCCCUUGGGCGGCGGUUUGGAACGUAAACGCGCCACAGAUUCACCAUCUAAUAUGAAAGCCUCAGGUUGGAAAUCCUCAAAGUGGAAAUCAUUUGUAAUGCAUAAAAUGCAUGACCCGCGGUACGUGUGUUGCAGAGCAGGCAAGUGAGGCCUAUUGUAAGCCUGUUUGGGGUUAAAGCUCGAGCUGCUAAAAUAGCAUGAGAGAAUCGCUCGUCUUUGCCUAAACAGCAUGACAAACUGGAUUUAGGGACCGCCGAAAUUUGUCAUGCGCCACUUGGAAACUGGGUUCCAGCUGGCAUCCAUUUUAUGCAUGACAAAUUAUUUCAACUUUGUCGAUUUCAACUCUGACACAUCCAUAUCUAAGGAGUGACACGUACUUUUUGAUAGUGAGUGUCAAUGUUUGAAGUUGAUUGUAAGAAAUUCUCUCUUGAUGUUGGCAGGAAGACGAAUGUGAAGAGCUAGAUCAUCGUCUCACCUCACAUGAGAAAUUUCCUUUGACCAAAACAAAAGCCACGUCCGCUUGCUGUCCCUUUGCGACCUGCAAGCUUUGCUGCACGCGCCUAAAGUAGCUUUUUCAAAAGUACUAGAUUUUUUUUUUUGAUGUUUGUGCGGCACGUCGGCAACUAGCUAUACCAAAUUAGAUAGAGUUAGCUAAUCAAACUAGGCGGAAUUUUGCAUGCGUAGCCAGUUGUCUAAUUCAGAGGUAGUAGAUUGCUCGUCUUCCACGCAGGGCUGGCCCGCGGAUCUGUCCGGAACGCUAUCGGUACGUCGUGGCGAGCUCGGACAUGUUUCUGUUUGCGCGCAAAGUCAUCUACUCCGGUUGAAACAGUAGGGCGACCAUCUCAUGACGUUCGGUGUCUACUACGAAUUUGCGAACGAGUUCGCAAUACGCAAGUGCGGAGGCCACCUGCUGCGGACCGCAGCGAAAAGAGUAACGGGCACGCAGGCCUGCCCCAACACGGGGCCCCCAAAGGGGCCGCGAAGUGGCCGGCAAAAUGGCCUACGAAACACCCCCCGAAAAAAUCGCGAAUCCCGAGGCAACUACCCCUUCCGAAGAGGCCGAUCAGUUGGCAUCUGCGGAGAGGGGCAAACUCGGGCGAAGUUUCCCAAUAGAUUCGCAGAGGUUUUUUUUCCCAUGUUCGACAGCUAAUGCGCCGUCGCAGUGUAGGUAGCGCCAUCGUGCGCCAGUAUCAAGAUCUGGCUGGAUGUUCGGAACCAGGUAUCGCAGGUUGGUAAAUUCCGCGCGGUUUUUGUCGUUUCGGGCCCGUACACCUAGCCACAGCUCCGAGUAGAGGACCCUCAGCAAGGCUUGGCGACGGGACCGCUCUGGACAGAUCCAUAGACCAGAGCCUCGAAGUGUACCAGCCUACUUACCUCUCGGCGCCGACGUGCUUUUGCACUUAUUCGCAAUGAACUUCUCUUGCAUAUUUAGAAUUAACUAGUUUUAUUGGCUAGGUUCUAGUACUGAAGCGCUUGCAAAAAGAAAAUUCUAGUACUUUUGAAAAAGCUACUUUAGGCGCGCCAUAUAACAGACAGUUCGUUUACAUUCAGAUGACCAUACUCAUGACCAGAGCCACAGCUUCUAAUUCCUGAUUCUGCCGGCAGCGGCAGGAGCAAGGUUCUGGUCCCACCUCGCAUGAAAAAUGAUGUUCUCUGAACAAAAUACAGACACGUUCGCUUGCUGUCCCUUUGCGACCUGCAAGCUUUGCUCCACGAGCUCGGACACGCGUUUCACUUCUGCUUGACGGUAUGGAAUGCAAAAAUGUCUGGGUCUGGAACGUUGGAACUUGUGAUGCUAACUUUGGAUUCUAAAAAAAUCUGUAUUGCAUGACCAGCAAGAGGAGUCCAGUUUGUGCUACGCGGGGAGACCAUUUGUCACGCGGAAUAGGUAUCAAGACGUCGUCAGAAAAUCUGUGAUGCUAGGGAAUACAUCACAGAAAUCACGGGUCAUGUAAAAUCUGCAUAUACAAGUUCCAUUCUUUCCAGACCCAGACACUUUUGCAUUUGAUAGACGGUUAUGCGAUGCAAAGUUGUUUCAACAAGCUGAGACUCUUCUUUAUAGUUUGACACGAGGUUUACAUGCGAAAAUGAAACUGGAGGUGGAUGUUCAGCUUGCACUUGCACUUAUGGAAAACUAAAAUCUAAUUUUUCCCACUCCUUUUCGAGAAUCGUCGUGGUGCGCGGCGUCAACUACAUUCUCAGAACGAAACUUUGCAAAUAAACUGCAUAUCUCCGCACAAGUACGAGGAACUGCGGGUGAUGCAAGAGACCAAGUUGGAGCUACCCAGUACGGCGCUAGAGUAUUUGGUGCAGGACCGGGACUUCAUGCAGCAUGUCAUUGAGAAUUGCCAAGUUCCCCAUGCGAAAGACGUGAUGCAGGAUUUGAAGAGAAAGCGAAAGGAAUUUGUAUUGCUUUUUUCCUAGUACUGAAGCUCCAAAAUUAGAAUCUGCAUUUUGUUUUGCCUAGGCAGCUCGUGUAGUGCCGAAGAAGCUUGUGCUAAAUUGUUUUUUCUUUCCACAACCGUAAAGGUUGGUGGACGAGGACGAGAAGGUAAAUAGUACACGUCGACCGCCUUCGUUUCUCUCCGUUGCUAGAGAUAAAGUUAAGUAACUCCAUGAGGAUAUUGGGAUAAUUGGAGUUUUGUACGCAUUUAAAUUCAAACAUCAUGAUCAGGAAUCGACCCUUUCUGCUGCGGACGUGGAUUUUCGAAGUUGGCUGACCACCCAACAAAUCGAGCACUGGGACCUGCAAAAAAACGCCUACCUCUUCGACACGUUAUUCGGGAAAGGCGGCUUACCGGAGAUGGCCAGUGGCGCCAAAAAACAAGAUGAUCCAGAGAACAACAUCAAAUUUUCUUCAACCGAGGCACUAUGCCAGUUCGCGCGAGAGAAAUACGUGGAGAGCUGCGCGGGUAGGGAGUUAUCCUUGUCGGAGGGCGCAGCAACUGGUGCUUGUUCAUCGAGAACUACAAGCUCUGAAAAUUCCAUCCACUUCCACCCCCUCGGCGUUCCGGAAAUUUUGUCCCUGUUCACGCACGAAAACGCACCGCUGCUGUCGCUUUUCACGCAUCAGGUCCUCCGGUGGUGGCGCGACGACCGGAUAUGCAUUGCGAAAGUAUCGUACUCGUAUAAAUGCAUUACAAAUUUCCUGAGCAUGAGAAAUGAAAUUUGUGAUGCGGAUUUACCUUGAGAAAAAAACUUGUAUUGCAUGACUGCAAUACAACGAGUACGAUACUUUUGCAAGUCAUACAGGAAAUGGUAUCACCACUUGGUGAACCGGGUAGUACUGCUGACCACCUCGCUAUCACAGGAAAAAAGUGUUACAGUUACACAGUUGUUGCAGUAGUUUCUGCAUCACAAAGUCGCUCAACAUGGCAAAGAAAAACUGUGAUGCGCAAACUAUAAGGGAAAACACGAAUGAAAUGAGGUUGGCAACCAUUUCCUGCAUGACAGAGGUUGUCUGUCUUGCUUGUCUCCCAUCAGAGUGUGUUGUAACUGUUUUAUUGUUCUUCUUUGCGAUACCCGCCCUUCGUGCUGUUAACCUACUGGCUCGACUGGAUCGCGCAGCGCUGGUUCCCGGCAGCUUUGUUUCGCAGUCCGUUCUACUGCGUGUUUCCGAACACGGUCUCGCAUAUUUUGGCCAAAGUGGAGGGCUUGCGGUUGGCGAGGCAGGAGGACUAUUUGUUUCUGUUCUACCGGGAUUAUUGGGUGAACGGAAUGAUGAAUGAUGCGAGUGCAUCAACUUCUACUGCAGCAGCUAUUCCAUCCACAUCUUCUUCCGAGCAGAUGACAGCUGCAGGAACAGGUGCUCCGGCUGGUGAGCAAGAAAGUAGACCCUCCACCUCAUUGCAGCAAUACUUCGAUGCUAUGCGGAUUUCAGGAAAUAUUAAAACUGGUGCAGGUGGUGAGGCUGAUGAUGAAACAGGAUCAGCAGGAGAACUGAAAUUGAUUCGACCGCCCGAGCAACUCCCGGACUACAAAGACUAUUAG